UUUUCCCUUUGACUUUCCUCUAUAUAUCUCUCCUUUGACUUUCCUCUAUAAAUAUAUCUCUUCGGCCUCAAAACUCAAAAACACACAUUGAAUUCGAAGCUUAAUUUCCUAUUCUCUCUGUCAUAAUUUCAUUUUCAGGUUCUAAUACAUCUUAACCACAAUGUUGCUAGAGAACUCAAAAACUAGCUCAUUUCAAUCAAAAAGUGCAUGGUCAAGCUUUUUUAGUUCAUCAUCUUCCAAAACACUUUCUCCUUCAUAUUCAUUGCCAACUUUUGUCUCUCUUUCCCCUCCUAAACAAACUUUUUCUCUAUCAAUGAUGGAGGAGAAUAUUGAUAAUGCACAAACCAUCAUCAACAAAUGGAAUUUAAACUCUUCUUCCUAUACCAAAGUCACCUCACUCUUCCAAACUAAUAGGAAAGAGGGCAAGGAGUUCAUCAAGUCUGUGAAGGAGUUGCGCCGUGCCAUGAACUAUCUUCUAGCUGAAUAUGCCACCUCUACUAAGCUUGUACUAGCUCAACAGCUAAUGCAAAUAGCCAUGAAAAGGCUUGAGAGAGAGCUUUAUAAUAUAUUGUCUGAAAACCGUGAUCAACUUGACCAUGAAUCCAUUUCAAGUAAUUCUUCAUUGGGCUCUAGUAAUUUUGGUGAUGAUGACGAGGCUCGAGCUGAGGAGGAGUUGGAGAUUGUGGACGAGUCAACUACAGAGAUGGGAAGAGUCUCAGUUCAGGUCAUGUCUGAUUUGAAGUCCAUAGCUGAUUGUAUGAUUGGUUGUGGUUAUGGGAAAGAGUGUGUAAAGAUAUAUAAAGUUAUUAGAAAGUCAAUGAUAGAUGAGGCAUUGUAUCGGCUUGGAAUUGAACGAUUUAGAUCUUCUUAUAUUCAUAAAAUGAGUUUUGAAGAUUGUAAUGAAACGAUUAAGAAAUGGUUGAAAGCUAUGAAGAUUGCUGUGAAAACACUUUUCAAUGGAGAAAGAAUUCUUUGUGAUCAUAUGUUUUCAGCAUCAGAUACAAUCAGAGAGUCAUCCUUCUAUGGGGUGGUCAAAGAAGGAGCAGUCAAUUUGUUUAGAUUGCCUGAGUUAGUUGCAAAGAGCAAGAAGUCACAAGAAAGAAUUUUCCAACUCAUUGAAUUGUAUGAAGCAUUCUCUGAUAUGUGGCCGGAAAUAGAUUUAAUAUUCAACUCACAAUCAACCUCAUCUAUUAUGUCACAAGCACUUUCAUCCACACUCAAACUUAGAGAUUCAAUCCACUCAAUUCUCUCCAAUUUCGAAUCCUCAAUCCAGAAAGAUUCAUCUAAAACAGUCAUCCCUGGGGGAGGGAUUCAUCCCAUGACCAUAUCAGUAAUGGAUUACAUAUCUUCCUUAGCAGAUCAUAGUGGGGCUCUUUGUGAUGUCCUCACUAACUAUCCAAGAUCACCAAGUUUAACAAAACUGCAAGAAUCUUUACUCGAAAGCCUGAGCUCAAGCGAACAAGAUGAAGCCUCAAUCCACCUAGCUUGGCUAAUCUUAGUUCUCUUAUGCAAGCUUGAUUGCAAAGCUGAGCUUCACAAAGAUGUAUCAUUGUCAUAUCUCUUUCUUGCCAAUAAUCUUCAGUUCAUUGUAGACAAAGUUCAUACAAGCAGCCUAAAAUUUCUCCUCGGUGAGGAUUGGAUUUCAAAACACAUGAGGAUGGUUCAUUUGUACGCUUCACACAUUGAAUCCAUGGCUUGGACAAAUGUGUUCUCAUCUUUACCUGAUAAUGAAUCCUCACCAUUGUCAAGUGACAUGGCCAAGGAGACUUUUAGGAGGUUCAAUGUAGCUUUUGAAGAAGCAUACAAAAAGCAAAUUUCAUGGAUAGUACAAGAUACAAAAAUGAGAGAGGAGUUGAAAAUCUCUAUAUCAAACAAACUAGUACCAAAGUAUCGAGAGUUUUAUGAAGCAAACUUAACUUUAUUGAGUGAGGAGAGUAAUUUGGAGUUGUUGGUAAAGUUUUCUCCUGAUGAUUUGGGAAACUACUUGUCAGAUUUGUUUCAUGGCACGUCAACUUCUGAGGGUUCUCACUCAUUUUCAUCAUCACCGUCUUCAUUAUUGGCUCUACAAAGAUGUUUGUCAGUUUAAAAAAUACAAAACAUGCAUAUGCAUACAAUAAGUACAGUGUAAUAGUUUUUGCUUAGUGAGAUUUUCAGAAACCAAAUUAAAUAAAGAUUAAGCUAAAGAAAGUAUGGUUAAGAAAUAAAUAAGAUGAUAUUUUUGA